AUGGCGGAUCAGACUGGUAUUAUGAGAAAAGGAUUGGGUGCACUAAUUGCACUUAAAUGGCUUUUCACCUGUAUGUGUUUGAUUAUGGCUUUGCAGAGAGAAAUUUCGAGCAAAGGCUUGGGGGCACUGCUUUCACUUAAAUGGAUUUUCACCAGUGUGCAUUCGAUUAUGCUUUGUCAGAUAGGAAUUUCGAGCAAAGGCUUUGGGGCACUGCUUGCACUUAAAUGGCUUUUCACCAGUGUGCAUUCGAUUAUGCCUUCUCAGAUAGGAAUUUCGAGCAAAGGCUUUGGGGCACUGCUUGCACUUAAAUGGCUUUUCACCAGUGUGCAUUCGAUUAUGCUUUGUCAGAUAGGAAUUUCGAGAAAAGGCUUUGGGGCACUGCUUGCACUUAAAUGGCUUUUCACCUGUGUGUGUUCGGUUGUGGUAGAUCAAAAUGCUACUCUGAGAAAAGGCUUGGGGGCAAAGCUUACACUCGAAUGGCUUUUCACCAGUGUGUGUUCGAGCAUGACUUGUCAGAGAAGAGUGUUGUGUAAAGGUUUUGGGGCACUGCUUGCACUUAAAUGGUUUUUCACCAGUGUGAAUUCGAUUAUGGCUUUGCAGAUAGGAAUUCAGAGCAAAUGCUUUGUGGCACUGCAUGCACUUAAAUGGCUUUUCACCACUGUGCAAAUGAUUAUGGCUUCUAAGGUGGGAAUUCCUAGCAAAGGCUUGAGGGCACCACUUGCACUUGAAUGGCUUUUCACCAGUGUGCAUUCGAUUAUGAUUUCUCAGAGUGGAAUUUUCAGCAAAUGUUUGGGGACACUGCUUGCACUUAAAUGGCUUUUCACUUGUGUGCAUUCGAUUAUGGCUUUGUAG